CCAUCUCCAUCUCAUUAACGAUCGAUGAGGGAGGCUCAGGCCAAGAGGCUUAGUCUGCUCUUAUUUCGUGUUAAAUUUCGACAGUUUUUGUGAAUUUUGUGCAGUUUUGGGUUGAAAGAACGUGUCGUAUAAUAAUCAUGUCUCGAAUGUUGUCCAAAGAUAUCGCUGACAUUGAGAAUUUGUUGGCCCUGAACCCAACCGUUCCAUCCCAUGCUAAAGUGGUCGUGACCAAAACAACCAAAGAAAACAGGAAGUACUGGAAGCGCAAUGGACCAAAAUCAUGUGCGACAUGCGGUGACCUUGACAAUAACUUUGACGAUGUGAAGCACACAACCCUCAGUGAGAGGGCGGCGAUGCGGGAGGCAGCCCGUUGUCUGAAGUGUGCCGACGCCCCUUGUCAGAAGAGCUGCCCCACCCAGCUAGACAUCAAAGCAUUCAUCACAAGCAUCGCAAACAGGAACUACUAUGGAGCCUCCAAAGCCAUCUUCUCGGACAAUCCCCUGGGCCUAACCUGUGGUAUGGUGUGUCCUACCAGCGACCUCUGUGUCGGGGGUUGCAACCUUUACGCUUCGGAGGAGGGACCUAUCAACAUCGGUGGCCUUCAGCAGUUUGCCACAGAGAUCUUCAAGGAGAUGAAGAUACCCCAGAUACAGGACCCUGCCCUCCCGGCCCCCGCCGACCUACCAGACAGCUACCAUUCCAAGGUUGCCCUGAUCGGGUGCGGUCCUGCCAGCAUCAGCUGUGCCACCUUCCUGGCCCGUCUGGGAUACACCGACCUGACUGUCUUCGAGAAGGAGGAGUACAUCGGGGGUCUGAGUUCCUCCGAGAUUCCACAGUUCAGGCUGCCUUAUGAGGUGGUAUCCUUUGAGGUGGAUCAGAUGAAAGACCUUGGAGUUAAGGUUGAGCUGAAAAAGGGUCUCGGUAUGAACAACAUGACAUUAGACUCUCUAAGGAGUUCUGGCUAUGAAGCCGUCUUCUUAGGAAUUGGCCUUCCCGAGGCAAAGAGGGCUCCGAUCUUCCAGGAUCUGACUGUUGAACAGGGUUUUUACACGUCCAAGGAUUUCUUACCCAAAGUAUCCGUGGCCAGUAAAGCAGGAAUGUGUGCUUGCAAGUCUUCUCUACCUCAGCUCCAUGGGAAUGUGAUAGUUCUGGGAGCAGGGGACACCGCCUUUGAUUGUGCUACAUCAGCUCUCCGCUGUGGGGCUAGACGUGUCUUCAUUGUAUUCCGCAAGGGUUUUACAACCAUACGAGCUGUUCCUGAAGAGAUGGAUGUUGCGAAAGAAGAGCGAUGCGAGUUCAUGCCAUUCCUGUCGCCCCGUAAGGUGAUCCUAAAGGGUGGACGCAUCGCUGCUCUUGAGCUCUGCCGAACGGAACAAGAUGAUGAGGAUAACUGGAUAGAAGAUGAGGAACAAACGACUCGUCUCAAGGCUGAUUUUAUCAUCUCUGCAUUUGGGUCUACUCUGCUCAAUGAAGAAGUCAAGGCAGCCCUGUCCCCGAUCAGCUUCAAUAAAUGGGGUCUCCCAGAGGUAUCCUCAGACACCAUGCAGACCAGUGAACCAUGGGCGUUCUGUGGGGGAGACUUGGGAGGCGUCGCUCAGACCACGGUGGAAUCGGUCAACGACGGCAAGACAGCCGCUUGGUUCAUGCACAAAUACCUGCAGUCCCUUCAUGGCAUACCGGUUCCCAGUACCCCUGCAUUGCCCAAAUUCUACACCCCUAUUGACCUGGUAGACACCAGCGUGGACAUCUGUGGACUCAAUUUCCCGAACCCCUAUGGGCUGGCCAGUGCCCCGCCCACCACCUCUGCCCCCAUGAUCAGACGUGCCUUUGAAGCAGGGUGGGGUUUCGCCGUCACCAAGACAUACUCAUUGGAUAAGGACUUUGUGACCAAUGUCUCGCCUCGUAUCGUCCGCGGGACCACCUCUGGGAACAUCUACGGGCCAGGUCAGGGAUCGUUCCUCAACAUUGAGCUGAUCAGUGAGAAGACUGCUGCGUACUGGUGUAAGAUUGUCGCCGAGCUCAAGAGGGACUUCCCCGAUCGCAUCGUCAUCGCGAGUAUCAUGUGCAGCUACAACAAGGAUGACUGGACCAAACUGGCCAAGAUGUCUGAGGAAGCUGGUGCCGAUGCCCUAGAGUUGAACCUGUCUUGCCCUCAUGGUAUGGGUGAGAGGGGAAUGGGUCUCGCAUGUGGGCAGGAUCCGGAACUUGUUCUAAACAUCUGCCGCUGGGUGAGAGCAGCGAUCAAGAUUCCCUUCUUCGCCAAGCUGACACCCAACGUGACCAACAUUGUGGACAUUGCCAGAGCAGCCAAAGAAGGCAAAGCUGACGGGGUAACCGCCACCAACACGGUAUCCGGGCUCAUGGGACUGAAGGCCAACUCCAACGCCUGGCCGGCCAUCGGCAAGCAGAAGAAGACCACGUACGGAGGAGUCUCUGGCAACGCCAUCCGACCCAUCGCUCUCAAGGCGGUUUCUGCCAUAGCUAAUAAUAUCCCGGGUUUCCCUAUCCUUGCCACCGGAGGCAUCGACUCUGCAGAAGCUGCCUUGCAGUUCCUCCAUGCAGGAGCUAGUGCUGUUCAGGUGUGCAGUGCCAUUCAAAACCAAGACUUCACACUGAUAGAGGACUAUGUGACAGGGUUGAAGGCAUUGCUGUACCUGGAGAGUUUGGACGGACUAGGAGAUUGGGACGGUCAGAGCCCACCUACGGUCAGGCACCAGAAAGGCAAGCCAGUCAGGGUGGCUGACGUCAUUGGCAAGCACCUUCCAUCCUUUGGUCCUUACCAAGAGGAGAGGAUAAAGGCAGUGGCUGCCUACAAACGUAACCUAGAUCUGACUGGCGAUGAUGAGCAGCCCGAAGCCCAGAGACCUGCUAGACAACCAAAGAAACCAAUCCCAACUAUCAGGGAGGUCAUAGGUAAGGCACUGGACCGGAUCGGCACCUACGGCGAACUGGACAACACGGACCAGGUGGUGGCGCUCAUCGACGAGGAGAUGUGCAUCAACUGCGGCAAGUGCUACAUGACCUGCAACGACAGCGGCUACCAGGCGAUAACCUUUGACCCCAAGACCCACCUGCCCCACGUGACCAAGGACUGUACCGGCUGCACGCUGUGCGUUAGUGUGUGCCCCAUCAUUGACUGUAUCAAGAUGGUGAAAAGGGACGGUCCCUACUCCCCUUAUAGGGGAAUCCCCCUGGCAGUGGGGACAUGCUCUUGAAGUGCCUGCAGUGUUGUGGUUUAUCAGUUUAUGGAGUUAUGGUUGUGAGAACAAGCCCUGGGGAAGAAAUGCAUUUGCUUUGUAUGAGUCUUAUAGAGCUAAUAGAGGCAAACUUACUCCAGUCUCAUCAGUCAUAAAAACAAUCUAUUGGGUUUGGUAUUACGAUCCUGCUUAAGUGGUUGAAAAGAGAACCUGUGAAGCAUUUCAUGAAGGGGAUUGUUUGGUGUUUUAUCUGACAAGUCCUAUCUUAUCCCACAGUAACAUUCCUUUUCAGCCAAUCAAAAUCAAUUUCACAGAUAUGGCAACUUGCCAGAUGAAAAUGUUGAUGAAACACCCCGCUCCCCUCACCCCCCCCCCCUUGCUUCCGGCUCUGUUUUAGGGGCUUGUUGUCACAUUCAUUCUCUCAUAUGACCAAAUAGCAUAAAGUGUGCUUAUAAACAAGAAACAUUCACCCUCAUGACAGUGUCAUUUUUUUUUCUGCAUUUAUCAAGGCAGAGUUUAGAAAAAGUAGUCUGGAAUUAGAUGAAUGAAAAUGGUUUAGUCUUCUUUUUUGUAUUGGGAGUCCUUUGUUAAAGUUAGAAUUUAUAUCCAAUUUUUACUUUGCAUAAUUAUGUGUGUUUGUGUGUGCAUGUGUGAUUUGACUUAUACAGACGUGUUUCAUUCGGA